GCGCGGAGGGCGAACCUGCGGAGAUCGUGCCCGGCGUGAGGAGGAGGAGGAGGAGGAAGGGGAUGAUCCGAACCUGAGAGAUCCCGCUUCAGCCUGUACGCAGAAGGGCAGCCCCUGGGUGGGGUGAAGCUCCCCUGACUUUACUCCUGUCCCCACCCUGUUGUGGGCCACGGGCUGCAGGAUGAACUGUCGCUCAGAGGUGCUGGAGGUGUCGGUGGAGGGGCGGCAGGUGGAGGAGGCCAUGUUGGCUGUGCUGCACACGGUGCUCCUUCACCGCAGCACGGGCAAGUUUCACUACAAGAAGGAGGGCACCUAUUCCAUCGGCACCGUGGGCACCCAGGAUGUGGACUGUGACUUCAUUGAUUUCACCUAUGUGCGUGUCUCCUCUGAGGAGCUGGACCGUGCCCUGCGCAAGGUUGUUGGCGAAUUCAAGGAUGCACUGCGCAACUCAGGUGGCGAUGGACUGGGGCAGAUGUCUUUGGAGUUCUACCAGAAGAAGAAGUCUCGCUGGCCUUUCUCAGACGAGUGCAUCCCCUGGGAAGUGUGGACAGUCAAGGUGCAUGUGGUAGCCCUGGCCACGGAGCAGGAGCGGCAGAUCUGCCGGGAGAAGGUGGGUGAGAAGCUCUGCGAGAAGAUAAUCAACAUCGUGGAGGUGAUGAAUCGGCACGAGUACUUGCCCAAGAUGCCCACGCAGUCGGAGGUGGACAACGUGUUUGACACAGGCUUGCGGGACGUGCAGCCCUACCUCUACAAGAUCUCCUUCCAAAUCACUGAUGCCCUGGGCACCUCAGUCACCACCACCAUGCGCAGGCUCAUCAAAGACACCCUUGCUCUCUAAGCUGUGCUGGGUGCCUUGAGUGCUCCUUGAUGGGUUGCACACCUUGGCUUCUGGGGAUUGUACUGUUAGGCCCUUGGGGCUCUGGAGCCUUUUCUGGGUCCUUGAUAGGACUUGGAAGGGCCAUCCCCUGGCUUUCUUGAUUUGUGGUUGCCAGUCUCUGGUUAGCCUCGUAACCUUCACUGACAGUCCAGUCAGGCCAAUACUAUCUUACCACCCCACUGGUGGGUCCCGCUUCCUUCUCCACUGUACAGAAACACCAUCACUAGGAUGAUGAAUAAAGUUGAAAAUAUGAAUUUGGGCUGA